GAGGCGACGAAAACCAGGUGGAAAUUUCUUGUCCAAAUCACGUGAAUGAAAAACACCAAACUCUUUCACCGUUGCGUUUUGGAAAGUAACAAGUGUUAUUUAUGUUCUGUCUAUAAGCACAAAAUCGUGUCUCAAUUUAGGUGGUUCAACUCAGGUCGUGUCCAUCCUUGGAACUCAUACCAUAUGCAUGCCUUACAACGAGUAUUUGGUUAUCAAUAAAAACAAAAUAUGUAAUUGGAUUUGGAUCUGAAAGAGUGAGCAGAGACACAAAAUUCGUUCAUUUCAUAUUAGAUAUUCGGAUUCAUUAAGGACCUAUCCAUUAACACCUAGAUGAACAAAUUGAAUACUCGUUAAGAAAAAGAGUUGGAGAGCAGAGAAAUAACAAGAAUUUUCUCAGAAAGACCCAACACAGAAGCUUGCAAUUAAUGGAUUCAACUCCCCUUUGCAACCUCCACUUUGUGUUCGUCCCAAUAAUGGCCCCGGGUCAUCUUCUUCCCAUGGUGGACAUGGCCAAAAUGUUUGCACGACGCAAAGUGAAAGUGAGUAUAGUCACCACAACCCUCAACUCCAUCCACUUCCAAGCUAGCAUAGACAGAGAGAUUCAAUCUGGCUCACCCAUCCAGAUUCUGCAUGUUCCGUUUCCAUGGGCUGAGGCUGGAUUACCAGAGGGGUGUGAGAGCGCAGACGUUGUGCCUUCAAUGGAUCUCCUAUCCAAUUUCACUGUCGCCAUGAACUUGAUGCAGCGACCAAUAGAAGAGCUUCUUCAAAACCAAAGGCCUUUUCCAAGCUGCAUAAUUGCCGACAAAAAUUUCGUGUGUAUGGCUGAUGUUGCUGACAAGUUCAACGUCCCAAGAAUAAUAUUCGAAGCAUCUAAUUGUUUCUAUCUCCUAUGCUGCUACAUUUUGAACAAGGAAAAGGUCCAUGAAGGCUUGUCUUAUGAUGAGAAAUUUCUUGUGCCUGGAAUGCCCCACAGAAUCGAAUUGCGAAGGUCUCAACUCCCCGGGUUAUUCCAUCCUGGCAAAGACUUGAAAUUGCAAGCUUGUCGCGAGGCGACAAGAAAAGCUGCAAAAAAGGCAUAUGGGAUUGUGGUUAAUAGUUUUGAAGAGUUGGAAGCUGAAUAUGUGAAAGAGUAUGAAAGGGUUACGGGGAAUAAGGUAUGGUGUGUUGGACCUGUGUCGCUGUGCAAUAAGGAUUACACGGAGAAGGCUCUGAGAAAUAAGAGAAACUGGAGUGAUGAAGAUAGGUAUGUGAAGUGGCUUGAUUCAUGGCCUGCAAGGUCUGUGAUCUAUGUGUGCCUUGGUAGCCUAAACCGUGCAACUCCUGAGCAAUUGAUAGAAUUAGGGUUAGGAUUGGAAGCAACCAAAAGGCCAUUCAUUUGGGUGCUUAGAGGAGCAUAUGGAAGAGAGGAAAUGGAGAAGUGGCUCUUGGAAGAUGGGUUUGAAGAGAGGGUGAAAGAGAGAGGGAUUCUGAUAAAGGGUUGGGUGCCACAAGUGUUGAUAUUGUCACACAGAGCAAUAGGAGCGUUUUUGACACAUUGUGGAUGGAAUUCAACACUUGAAGGGAUCUGUGCUGGGGUUCCGUUGCUGACUUUUCCUUUGUUUUCUGAGCAGUUUCUGAAUGAGAAGAUUGUUGUACAAGUGGUGGAGAAUGGGGUAAGUUUGGGAGCUGAAUCUGUUGUGCACUUGGGAGAGGAAGAUAAGGCUCGAGUUCAGGUGACAAAAGAAAAUGUUGCAGAUUCUAUUGAGAAGGUAAUGGGUGAAGGCAAAGAAAAACAAGUGUUUAUGGAAAGGGCUAGAAACUAUGCAGACAUGGCAAAGAAAACAGUGGAAGAAGGUGGCUCGUCUUACAAGAAUAUGUCUCUCCUAAUUCAAGACAUAGCAAGUUUCAAAAUGCCUUAGAUGAAAUAUUGAGGUUUUUUUUUAUAAAUUAAAAUAAACUACUUAUGAUAAUUUCCGUAUGUUUGUGAUAAUUACUUUCUUUAUUUGUAUUUUAUGUUCUUUGCGGAAAAAAGAAGUGGAAAGUUUUGGAGAAAAAUUACACACAAAUAUUCUUCA